AAGCAAACCGUUUUAGUCAAAGCUUACAACCCACCCCUCCCAUGCCCACAACGCUUAAAGGGGAAGAGUGACACUGAGGAAUUCAACAAGUUUAUAGACCUCUUUAAACAAGUUCAAGUAAACUUACCAUUCAUGGAGGCGCUGAACCAAAUGCCAAGGUACGCAAAGUUUAUGAAGGAACUCCUCUCCAACAAAAGAAAGUGGGGAGAACCAAAAUCGGUGCUGCUGAAUGAUGAAUGCUCGGCGGCGGUGUUGAAAGAGGUGCCCAAAAAGCUCUAGGACCCAGCUUGCACUCGACCCACGUAAACCAACACGUAUGUGCAUACAAUUGGUUGAACGCUCAGUUAAAUACCCUCGGGGGAUUGCUGAAGACGUAUUGGUUAAAGUGGACAAGUUUGUGAUUCCGGUUGACUUUGUUGUUUUGGAUAUGCCCCAAGAUUUUGAUGUGUCCUUGAUUCUUGGAAGGCUUUUUCUAACCACUGCUCAGGCCCUCAUAGAUGUUGGGGAAGGGAAAUUGAUUUUGAGGGUUAGGGAGGAGAAAGUUACUUUUUGCAUGGUCAAGCUGGCAAAACAAUCCUGUCAAGAUGUUAAUGAGUGCUUUUUGUUAGAUGCCAUUGAUCCACCUGGAGAGGAGGGGGGAACCCCCAUUCCAGUGAAAUACCAGGUCGAAUCCACAAGGAAACGUUGUUUAAUUCAAGUCCGAGAGUAGAUAACUUUAAAUGAAUAAAUGAGUAAAGUGCAGGGAUUUUGAUUUGUGUUUUAUAUUUUUGGUUUUUUUCACGUUUUGUUGAAGAAGAUAAUUGUUAACUAAUUUUGAGUUUAAGAUAAAUAAUAAAA